CGGGGGUGUGUCCCUGAGCAGCGGCCUUGAAGGGUGUCUGCAGCCUGGCUAGGAGAGCGUGCGCCCCUCGCGUGACAUGCAGGGAAUGGCGAGUGUAGUGUCAUGCGAACCCUGGGCCCUCCUGGGGCGUGGCGCCCUCUGCACAAAGGCCAGGCCUGGUGGAGGUCCGGCGGCGGGGACUGUAGUUGCUCCUGGGAGCCCCGACCGGGGAAGGCCGCGCUCCAGGAACAGCCUGGCCUCCCAGGAUCAGCAAGGAGCAGUGACCUCGGGGACCGCGCACAAAGCUCUGUUUUCCAGAGAUACCAACUUCCUCCAGGAGAUAAACCGCAAACAGGAAGCUGCCCCUACAGGGACUAGACAUAAAGCCAAGUCGCAGGGCUUGGUGACCUUUGGGGAUGUGGCUGUAGUUUUCUCCCAGGAGGAGUGGGAAUGGCUCAACUCUGAGCAGAGGAGUCUGUACUGGAAGGUGAUGCUGGACAACUACAGGAACCUAGCAUCCCUGGGACUUUGUGCUUCUCAGCCAGAUAUGAUCACCUCGUUGGAACAAGGAAGGGAUCCCUGGAUGAUGAAAAGGAAGAUGAGAAAAGGCCAGCACCUGGACUUGAAGGCCAUGCAGGAGACCAAGGAGUUCCCUCCAAAGGACUUAAGUGAGGAGACAUUAUUCCUGGCAGUGCUAAGAAAACAGCUCCUGCCCCAUAGACCUAAGUGCUCCAUGGUACGGGCAGCCUGGGAGGGUGGUGCAGUGUUCACGACACACAGGGGCUUGAAGACCAACUCAGGUCUGGCUAGAGACAGUCCUGCACAGCUUGUGUCAGCUCAGAGGAGUUUCUGUAAGAGUGUGACUUGGGAGAACUGUGGUGACCGGGGCUCCGUAGGCCAGCAGUCUGUACAGGAAGCCCAGGAUCUGCUUCCAAGGCAGGACUCACAUGCUGAACGGGUAACAGGCAGAACUUGGAGCACUAAACUUGAGUGCUCCACUUUCAGAGAUCAGGAUUCUGAGUGUACGUUUGAAAGGAAUGAGCAAGAGACAGUCACUCCGAACAGAGCCUUCUCAGAGGGGAGAGAUGGUAUGUGUAUCGAAUCUGGAAGAUGGUUUCAUUUGAACAGUUCAGACGAGAGAAGUCAUAACUGUGACUCAGGUAAAAGUUUCUCCUCAAAUCCAGUAGUUGUAAAGGAAACCGGAAUCUGUUCAGGAAAAAAACUUUUCCAAUGUAAUGAAUGUAAGAAAACUUUCACCCAGAGCUCCUCCCUUACCGUUCACCAGAGAAUUCAUACUGGAGAGAAGCCCUAUAAAUGCAAUCAGUGUGGGAAGGCCUUCAGUGACGGGUCCUCCUUCGCACGGCACCAGAGGUGCCAUACAGGCAAGAAGCCGUACGAGUGCCCGGAGUGUGGCAAAGCUUUCAUACAGAACACCUCGCUCGUUCGUCACUGGAGGUACUAUCACACUGGGGAGAAACCCUUCGAUUGCAUCGACUGUGGGAAAGCCUUCAGUGACCACAUAGGGCUUAAUCAACACAGGAGGAUUCACACUGGAGAGAAACCAUACACGUGUGAAGUGUGUCACAAAUCCUUUAGGUACGGCUCAUCCCUCACUGUGCACCAAAGGAUUCAUACUGGAGAGAAACCGUACGAGUGUGAGAUUUGCAGAAAAGCCUUCAGCCACCAUGCAUCCCUCACUCAGCAUCAACGAGUGCAUUCUGGAGAAAAGCCUUUUAAAUGUAAAGAGUGUGGGAAAGCUUUUAGGCAGAAUAUACACCUUGCUAGUCACUGGAGGAUCCAUACCGGGGAGAAGCCCUUUGAGUGUGGGGAAUGUGGGAAAUCUUUCAGCAUCAGCUCACAGCUUGCCACGCAUCAGAGAAUUCAUACAGGAGAGAAGCCUUACGAAUGUAAGGUUUGUAGGAAAGCAUUUACACAGAAGGCUCACCUUGCACAACAUCAGAAGACUCAUACGGGGGAGAAGCCAUACGAGUGCAAGGAAUGUGGCAAGGCCUUCAGCCAGACCACUCACCUCAUUCAACACCAGAGGGUUCAUACUGGAGAGAAGCCCUAUAAAUGCCUGGAAUGUGGGAAGGCCUUUGGUGAUAACUCAUCCUGUACUCAACAUCGGAGACUUCACACCGGCCAGAGGCCUUACGAGUGUGUGGAGUGUGGGAAGACAUUCAAGACCAAGUCGUCCCUUAUCUGUCAUCGUAGAUGUCACACGGGAGAGAAACCUUAUGAGUGCAGUGCAUGUGGUAAAGCCUUUAGCCACCGGCAGUCCCUUAGUGUACAUCAGAGAAUUCAUUCGGGGAAGAAACCGUAUGAAUGUAAGGAAUGUCGGAAAACCUUCAUCCAGAUUGGACACCUUAACCAACAUAAGAGAGUCCAUACCGGGGAGAGAACGUACAACUACAAGAAGGGCAGGAGGGCCUUCAGGCAGACUGCACACUUUGCUCACCAUCAGCAGAUUCAUUCCGGAAAGUCACCUGCUCACCACUCUUUGCCUUCCACAUCGAAUCCUGUGGAUCUCUUCUCCAAAUUCGUCUGGAAUCCAUCCUCACUGCCAUCAUCAUAACCUCAGAGCCUCGACAUUUCCACCACGCUCGUUUACCAGCUCGUCUCUCUCUCCCUUUGUUCAUUCUUGUCCCUUAUGAGUCCUUCAUGUUACAACCAGGUUGGAUUAUUUUUGGAGUGUAAAUGUAAUUAAUUUGCUCAUAUAAAGCUUAUAUUCACUGGUUAAUGCCUGAGAUGUGUUUAGCACAGUGCCCGAUUCAUACCAAGUACUCAGCAAACUUGGGUCUUUUGAAAGUGGAAAAUGCAUUCUAAUCAGCUCUGAUGGAAACAAUGCAAUAGAAUGAGGCUCGGCGCAACCAGCGUUUAGAGCAGGAAGGGAGUUCUCUGAGUUGGUGAUGAGGCUUCCUUCUUUUUCUUGAAAACUUGGUUCUAAGCCAAGGGUAUGGUGCGCUCACCUGCAAUCCUAGAGUUCAUGGAUUCAAGGCCAGCUCUAGGCAACUUAGUGAGACCCUAUCUCAAAAUCAAAACAAAACAGCUGAUCCUAUAGUGCUGAACUGUAUCAUGGCUUUGGAUUUGAACUGCAUGAUUAUAAGGUAAGCGCUCUUAGUGAGGAGCUUACACUGUACACUUGGCAAUAGCCUUAAAGGAUAGUCAGCCUAAGUGUAUGUAGGCUACUUGGAACAAAUCAAUCAAAAUAAUUGGGAAAAUGCAAGGUUUUAUACCCAGGAAGUUAAAUCUCCCAACAAAUAAAACUGAAGGAUUUGAUCUAUAGAAAGUCACGGGUUUGUGAAUGCAUUCUUGGUAAACUUCUAAAGAAGUGUUAACUCUGGGGUAAACUGAGCUACAGUAGAGGGCAGCAAACUAACUUGCAGUCAGACUCUCACUGAUUCCUUUUGGAGGGCCCAUAAUUUAAAUUUAUGAAGAUAUGUUUAUGUGGUUUUAAAUUGGACGAAUAUUUUCAACAUAAUUAUGUGAAAUUUACAUCUCAGUGAAGUAUUGGCAUGAAGGCACAAGUUUACUUACAUACUUUUUGUGGUGCUUCUGUCUACAAAGGGAAAGUUGUCCUGUGAUGAAGACCAUUUGACUCAGAGAGGAAAAAAAGACAAUACCUGACUCUUUAUGGAGAAUGUUUGCUUAACUGUGCAAAAACAGUUGUCCUGUUUUUGUAAAUAGAGUUUUAUUGAGCCACACCCAGGCACUGGUUUACCAAACCCUUUGGUUAGUUGUUUACAGUGGCAGAAUUGAGUAGCUGCACUGGAGACUUUCUGACCCUAUAGAGACACAAAUACUUAGAGCUGAAGAGUAGAGGAGAGUGUACAAAGGUUUCUAACCCCUCCCACCGCAAUAAUAAGCCCUGACCAAAAAACAAACUAAACCAAACAAGCCAUACAACAACAAAACCCCCAAGAAUAUUAGGCCAAUGCAAUGACUCAGCAGGUAAAGGUACCUCUUGCCAAUCCUGAUGACCCGAAUUUAAUCCUUGCAAUUCAGGUGGUAGAAGGAGAGAACUAAUUCAGGAGAGUCCUCCAAACUUCACACAAGUGCUAUCACAUGCGUACCCCAAACACAUACAGUAGAUAUUUAAAAUACAGCUUAUAAAUCAAUUUAUGAAGAGAUGAAAAUAUUAAAUGAAAUAAAGUCUAUAAAAGAGAA